AUGCAUCUCUCCUCCGUCUUCUCCAUCCUCGGCCUGACUGCCGUUGCUUUCGCGCAGUCCGGUGCUGAUCAAUCAGAUGCUGGUGCAGCGGAUCCUAACCCUUAUGACGCGCCCUGCGGAAGCUACAAGACGUGUCUCGCGACCUGCCCGAACGAGGACUUUUUCCCCUUAGCGGAUGAGUGUGAUACCGAUGAUGAUGGAAAGCCUUAUUGCUAUGUGAACUUCUGGUGCGCUUAG